GAGGUUGCGAUCGGUGUUCAUGGUAAGCGCUUGAGUCGGAUCUGCGGGCCAGCGAGGAUCGAGGAGGAUCGAGGGAGGAUCGGACAAGGUUUUGCGGAACGUCGAGAAGCAGCAAUGUCGACGGACUCGCAGGCCGGGCGUGCCAGCGUGCGCUCCCGCACGUUCAAGAGCCGCAUCCUGCAGCGCUUCCGCGACAAGUGGAAGCUGCUGGGGCUGUUUGAGAUCGAGCUGUCGCACGAGUUCUACUGGCUCACCUGUUGCCUCAAGAGCGGCCUCUCGGCUGCGCUGCAGCACGGCCGUGCCAGCCCGCCGCCAGUGGAGCUGCGGGACGCUGAUUACGAGGCGGUUUUGACUCAGACGCACCAGGACUUUGUGCUGGAGACAUUUGCGGGACCCGUGUUCGCCUCGUUCCGCCAGCUGCUGGGCCUGAGGGAGGACGACUACGUGGGCUCCCUCGCCAGCCCGGGCUGCUACCUGCAGUUCAUCAGCAACUCCAAGAGCAAGGCCGACUUCUUCCUCACGAACGACAAGAGGUUUUUCCUUAAAACUCAGAACAGGCGGGAGUACCGAUUUCUCCUGCGCCACCUGCGCGAGUACGUGCAGCACUUCGAGAAGUACCCUCACACGCUGCUCGUCAAGAUCCUGGGACUGCACAGAAUAUCUCUCUCCAACGAGCCAAAGAAAUACUUCAUUGUGAUGCAGAGUGUGUUUUAUCCGGACGAGAGAAUCGCAGUCAGGUACGACAUCAAGGGCUGCGAGCUGGGCCGCUGGACUCAGCCUGCGCCGGAGGGGAGCCCUGUCAUCGUGGUGCUCAAGGACAACAACUUCGGAGCGAGUUCCGUCCGACUCGGCCCCGAGCAGCCAUGGUUCCUGCGGCAGCUGGAGCUGGACACAGCGUUCCUGCGUGGGCUGAGCGUGCUCGACUACAGCCUGCUGCUCGCCAGCCAGGACCUGCACAGCGACGAGCAGAUGCAGAACCACUCAUUCGCCAACCUCAUCAUCCGCACAAAGAGGUCGGUCGCGCUACGCACGUCGGACAACGGCGGUCUCACGCGAGCACCGAUUCCCGGCAGCGUCCAGGACCAGGAUACGGGUGAAAUCCACGAGGGUGGAGACAGCGACGACGGUGACGGUGGCGGUAACAGCAUAGACGAUGGCGGCAGCCCAGGCGCCAAUAGACCGGGCGCCAACAGAACCGGCGCCGACUCGGAAAACGUGGUGGGCUUCCCGUACGACAAGUCGGUGAGCGUGGAGACGUUCGCCCGGCAGAACCGGCGGCUGCUGCCGGCAUGCCGCAAUGCGCUGCACGUGCUGGAUGGGCCGUGCACGCGCUACUACGUGGGCAUCAUCGACAUCUUCACGGUGUUCAGCGUGCGCAAGCGCCUCGAGGCCGCGUGGAAGAGCGUGCGUCACUGCGGCACCAGCUUCUCCACCGUGAGCCCCGACCACUACGCGGCGCGGCUCGGCGCGUGGGCGCGCAGCCACGCGGAGUGACGCUGCCGCCGCUGCCUCCACCGCCGAUAUUGCCGAGUGGCCGUGCUAUUGCUGAGUGACGCCCCCGCGGCCAUCGUGCUGAGUGACAGCCGAGUGAUAACUGAGUGACUCUGCUAUUGCCGAGUAACUCCGUUAUUGCCGAGUGACUCUGAGUCACCCUGUUUUCGUCAUGGCAGAUAUUGCUGAGUCACUCUGCUGUUGCUGAGUGCUGAAUGACGCUGCUAUUGCUCAGUGAUUCUGCUAUUGUUGAGUGACUGCUAUUUCUGAGUGGUGAAUUAAUGUUCACGUUAGAAGCUGCCGAGUCACACGUGGUUGUGUUUUUGGAAAUUGACAUCUCACGAGCAGCGGCCGCAGUGGCAGCUGCUUGUGGUGCACUGCUUUUGUCAGAAACACCACUGAAAGCGCGUGCUCACCUUGGUAGGCCCAGGCUUGGUGCAGCUGACCUUGCGUUUAAAACGAUUGUGUUCGGCUGAACUCACUUAACCAGACCUAGCGUGGGCCAAAAUAGACAAAUACAGACCGGAGAGCAAUGUGUUUCCAAACCAUGAUCCUAGUCCUCAGCUGCUCUUGGCCUCUGCCAUAUAUUUGUGAAGUUUAUCCAGUCACAGGUGAACAAUAAUAGUUUUUCUGCGUACUACCUCAACCGACGUCAGGAUUGUUUACGUAUCUACAGCGGAGCAGAGUGGUUUCUCGCAGGUAUGUAGUGCCCUGAUUCAACACUGAGAUCUGCUUUUGCUGUCAUCAUCAUCAUCAGCCACGAUCAUCAAUCCACUGCUGGAUAAAAGCCUCCCCAAGUCGUCAGCUCUCACGGUCCUGCGAUGUAACAAUCCGCGCAGCAUCUGUGCACGGGCCGCUAUCUUAAAUGAUAAACUUCAGAAAUGUUGACAGAUGUCGUUUACAGUGCUUUACUUAAAGAUUGCCACGAUGCUAAAAGUUAAAAUGCUACAGCUCAACUGCUGUAUUUUAAUUUUGUGCAUGAUCGACGUGGCAAUAUAUGCAUAUCGUUAAGUUAUUGGUUAGAAACACGUUUAUAAUAAAAUAUAAAUUUCUGAUGAUGCCCAUAAUAAAGGAUUUCCAUCCGUCAAAUUAUUGAUUUCCCAAAAUGCCGUACGGCCAUGUGAACUGAGUGGACUAUGUCAUGGAGUACCGCUUACACCGCGUUUCCAUGAGAUACGGGGCUCUAGUACUCACAAUGGAAUCCGAUUUCCUAGUCAAAUCUGGUUGGCCGUGAAUUUGGGCUACAGCCCAAAUAUUCUGGGGUUGAUUUCGCCACACGGAGUAGCCUGAAUUCCCUCCGUUAGAGUUUGGGCAGAGCAAAAACGCAUCGCUAAACACGUUACAAUUACAAACGUCGUAGGCGGCAGGAACGUUCAACUUUUAACAUUUUUAUCUGUCAUUGAACAGUUUUCAGCAAUGCAGUCUCGACCUUUUACUUGCAAGUGUUGCUGGGAAAGUUUUACUCGGAAAGUAUUUCUGGGAAAAAUCUGUCCAACUUGCGCAGUAAUUCAGGUAACUCGGGGAGUUGAGGAAAUACCACUUUAUUUUACCGACUGGAGUUGCCCCUCAUCAACCCGAGUUCGGAGGUAAAGCAGGCCAACUAAAGCCCACUCGAGUCGACUUGAGUUGUCUGUCCAUGGAAACAAGGUACUGUACUAGAUAACUUGCACGCAUGCUUUGUGCCAAGCAGGCAGUUUAUGAUGAUGGCAUGAAUUUGGACGAAAGUCACAUGGGGGCACUUCAUCCACGUGUCGGCACAAACGCGGUGUCUGCCGACAUUUCUCUCCGCUUGCUGGGAAAUCCUUCUUCGGGAAAACACUACAGGGCUACACAUAAAAACCGAUGCAUCAUUACAAACCAGCUAAUUAACCCACGAGGUUGGAAGUUUUUAUUUCACCAAAGAUUUACAGAAGCUCCUCUUGCACCAACGGACGAGUUCAUUGCAUGAGCUUUCACCUCAGAACAUUUAUUUUAAGAACCCGUACACAUCACGUUGCUUGGUGUGUAUUACAGCCAUUAAUGAAGUAAACGGAAUAGGAAGGGAUUUGGAUUUCCCCCCCAUGAAAUCUUUAGUCUAUGGGCCAGAACAUAAAUUAGUACCACACCUUCUAAGGUAUGCGCUUUCGAGCCGCACCGAUUUACUUUACACGGCUAACACGAGAGAAAUUGCCCGAUAACCUCCUCCUCCGCCGCCCGCCCACCCGUUUCAAAAGGCUGUCGCCGUGAUUCCCCGUUGGCGGCCAGGCCACAUCAAGAUGUUGUUGUGGCCUGACCGGCAACCUUCGGCUCCUUUGGCUUCCCCCUUUUUGGGUAGCCGUUUUAAAAAAAAAAUUCUGACUGAAAUAAAAAAAAUUGACGUUAAGAUAAUUUAUUAAAUACGGCAGGGAAUGCGGUCAAGAUGAAGCGUCUUGUUGACAACGAAAUGUACAACAGUUAAACUGUGUUAAACAAUAAUUCGGGGGUGGGGGGGACACACACUAAACAGACACAGUUUAUUCCAUCACCUAUUUUGUCUAUUUAAAAGUCAAAAUGUGAUUUGGUAUAUGCUGUAUACAUGCUGCCGUGCUUGUGUACAAGUAGCUCUGCGCGUGAUGCGGCUCACGAACUAUUUUUUUGCACAAGACAAAAUAAACAAUGGCUCUUUCUAGAUUUGAAGUUUUCGUGACUGCAAUGAUCCAUACUCUUUGAUUCUUUCGGUAAAGUCACGUAGGUAGAAAUAAAAAAGUUAAUCAAAUCACGACUUUUCGAAAGCAACACAAGCCUCCGUCAUCAAGAAGUAAUUUGCAAAGUAAUUUGCAAAGUAAUUUGCAAAUUACUUCUUGCUGUGACUAUCCCACCUGGUGACGGAGGCUUGUGUUGUUUCCGAAACGUCGUGAUUUGAUUAACUUUGUUUAAUUUUUUACCUACGUGACUUUACCGAAAGAACCAAAGAGUAACAAUGGCUCUUCUCGAGAGGUUGACGACCCCUGCACUAAAGCGAUGCCACUCCACGUGGUGCCGAUUUAUUUCUGCUCCCGGCCUCAAUUGCCUCCUCCUCCUUCUGCGGUGUCGCACUUUCACGGCCAAGGCUGCCACCAAGUGGAAGCGCGAUGCCGACCCCAAUCGUAGGGCUUAUUAGUUUUUUGUGGCCUUGCGGUGAGAACGAAUAAUGGGACCUCCCACUCCUUCCCACGUGCGCUGUUAUCGCUGUGAAUAUCUGAACGCUUUAUAUUUUCGCCGUGCAAUUAAAAUGGAAUGUCAUUUGAUAAU